AUGGAGUCCCAAUUCGCUCGUUCAGAUGGCAACUCCGCUGCCGAUGGCGGCAACAAUGAUGCAUCCCCAGCCAACCAAGGCACUGCAUCUGCUGAUCAGGGCUGUCCCACCAACGACCAGAACGAGACUGUUUCCGUUCCUUCUGAUGAUCAGAAGUACAUGAUCAACGUCGGCUCAGUUUUCGACCCUAACAGCAACGCUAAUUCUCGUCGUGUGCUUUUGGACAAAAUCCCUCAAAGCACCACUCUGACUCAGGUUGCCAACGCGGUCUGUGGUGUUGGAGGCCUCGUCCGAGUCUCCGUUCUGGAGAACAUCAUCAAGAGUGGUACUGCGUUUAAGCUUGCCUGCGUUGAGUUCCGCGACUCGACCGCAGCGAAGAAGUACGUUGCCAAUGUCAAGGCCAACGGGCUUGAGCUAGUUGACGCCAAUGGACGAUUCUUCGACAUUGAAGUCAAGCUCAUCAACAACACCUCGUCCUACCAAUCCCGCCACGGGCACCCGCACAACUAUGGUGUCGGUCAUUACAACGAGCACUCUGGCCGCUGCAUCACCCUCGACAACUUUCCCACCUCUGCGAUCUGGUAUCUGUUUACCCGAUUCGGGACUGAGUACAUCAUCCGUGCUUGGUUUUCCCCCAAUGAGAACCAGAUGAACGGCAAACUGUCCGUUGAGUUGGCCAGUACCUUCGAAGCCGGUCGCCUCUGCGGAAUGAUUCUCAACCGCGGCUUCCUGCCUUACCAUGGACCUGUCGCUCAGAUGGGAUUUGGUCCUACUCCCUCUGACCGAGAUGUCGAGGAGCUUACCAGUUCCGCCUCCAACACGAUCGACUACAUCUCUCCUAAACAUCUUGCAGAUACCUGGAAUGUGCAACCCUUCAACCUAUUCACCCCCGCAACAAACUUCGUGUAUGGUGUCCCUAUCCCUCGACGAGCGGUUACAAGCCGUACUUCGUCGAUGACCGUGGAGGUGUCGCGCAUCCCAUCUCACUACUCAGGAAUGUCCAGUGUAGUGCCACACAUUCUCGUCCGUGAUGAGAAGACCUCCACCGACCUUCAAGAUAUUCCAAUGACAAACAUUACCCUUACCUUCGUCGAUGAGGACAUGAAGUAUAUUAUCGUUGGUGGUCAGAUCUUUUCUCGAGUGGUCACAGGAGAUAUCUAUACCAAGGUCGAUGGCGUCGAGCUUGUCAAGCUCAAGCAGGACAACAUUCUCAAGGCCAAAUGGGCCCCCUUCUGGAAGCACUACUGUGAGGUCAACGACCUCCCUGACAUCCGCAAGUACGCUGAGUAUGGACGAAUCGCUGGCAUUCGCCGCAACGUCAACAAGAAGUUCGGUUUCGCUUCCUCUUGGAACCCCGAGCGCCUCGCUGCCAUUCCGACUCAGAUCAUAAACUAUCUAAACCCAAAGAGCCGAAAGGUGGUCUCGACCGCUGAGGCCCCUAAUCGCAAGUAG